AUGCUUUCAAGGGCUGCUCGACGCAAAGCCACCCCAAAUCCUCAUCAGGCCCGUAUAUUUUGCAAUCAAGGGUGUCAAAACGUGCUACUUAGAAGCUCCAAUCAUUUUAUAGAAUUGCGCCAUGUAUCAGUCGUUUCAACUCUUCAGAGACCAGGCCUCAGUCAAAAAAAGGCCUUGCAAGAAAUGCUGAGUCGGCUUUCACGUCGGGAACUGGCUACAGCAUUUUCAUUCACUUCAGACGAAGUCCCAUUCGAAAAAAUGAACGGCCCUCCACCAACUAUAAUAGGAAUGGGUAACAGAAUGGCUGGGUCUGAUACUAAUCCAAAAUUCGGCCCGCCUGAUCUUUACAACAUGGACAACAAUCUUGAAUCGCGUGUGUUAAAAGUUCGACCCGGAAAGCUUGGAAUUAGUGGAGAUUACACAGAGGUAGUUUCUGUUUUUGAAGCAUGUGUUCACGUUGGAAGGUUGGAGAGAGCAAGGAGUAUACUCGACAAACUUAAUGAGAAAGGGUUUUUGACGGAAUUUGAAUCCACGAAGUGCAUCAACCUAUACCUGCGCGCUGCUGUCGAACAUAUAAUGAUGAACCCCAGGCAAGAACUUCAAAUGCAAAUACUACAUCGUUGGUUUGAAACAAGCGUUAAGGUGUACGGAGUAUCAUAUGAUUCGGAAACAGUGGGAUAUAUGGUGAAGCUAUCUCUUCAGUCUAGUAAAGGAAGACGGGACCGACUUGUGCAGCAAUACAUGGAUUUUUUGGACGAGGAAUCCUUUCUUGAGCUGACAGAAGCUGGAAUUCUGACUGAGCAAGAAAUCGGUCAUGUCACUCGAAUACAUCCUAAGUUCAAUUUUGCCCUCGAGCUAGGCGGGGAGCAGUAUGAAAAGAACACUACUGACAAAAACCAUAUGGACAAAAUCACAAAAGGGUCAUCUGAAUCCUCAGUCCUCGAGACAAAGCAAAAAGGACUCGGUUUAACCUCGCUCAAGAAAUCACUUUCUAUUUUUAGUGAGCUUAUGAAAGAUGGCAUCGAUUUGUCCAAGGCCGACAAAUUGUUUAAAAAAGAAAUUCAGCAACGAUUGGAAGUAGAUGCUGUAGAUUCUGCGAUAGAUCGUUGGAGGGAAGAGAAUAAUCUUCUUACUAAAAUGGGACUAAAUCCGAGCCUUCAAUCGGGUGCGUUAGGUGCCAAAAUGUGGAAUUGGAAAGUAGAGUUAGAGGAGAGGUUAGUUGAGGAAAUUAGUCUAGUCAAUGACGCAGAAGACUCAGAGCAUAAAGGUCGAUCUGACAUUGACCGAUGUAUGUACGGACCUCUUCUUCGUAUACUACCAGCAAGUCAGUUAGCAGCUAUAACGAUUAUAGCAUGCAUGACUCUGAUGGGACAACACACAGACAAGCGUACACCUCUCUCAACGGUCGUCUUGGAAAUUGGGAAAAAUAUUGAAGACGAAAGCACAAUGUAUCUGCUUCAAAAAGCUCAAAAAGAAAAUAUGUGGCCUACAGAGUUAAAACGUCGCCUAAACCCGGAAUUUUAUGUUAAAUUGAAGCGCUCUCGAGGUGCUGGAGCUGCAGCGAAACACAUGAAUCGAUAUUUUGCCGAAGAGGGCGCGAAACCAUGGCCACUUCCGUUGAAAGCAAAAGUUGGAGCAGUCUUAAUGUCACAUUUGAUGGAAGUAGCAAAAGUAUCUGCUCGUGUCAAGCAUCCAGAAACAAAUGAAGAAUUAGUACAGGUUCAAUCAGCUUUCACUCAUGCACAUCAGUAUAAGAAAGGAAAAAAAACUGGUAUUGUUAUAAUGAACAAAGUUCUCAUUGAACAGCUCCAACGUGAGCCAGUGCACAGCUUACUCGCCAAACAUCUUCCUAUGAUUGUAGAACCAGAUGAUUGGAGAGGGUUUGAAAAGGGGGGCUACAUAGUUUAUCCAGCUAGGAUUAUGCGAAUCAAGCAGGGUGACGAAGAACAGCGUCAUUAUUGUGAAGCUGCCAUUUCUCAAGGAGAAAUGUCCAAAGUCGUUCAAGGACUCAACGUUUUAGGCAAAACAUCCUGGCGAAUAAACCAACAAGUCUUUGAUAUAAUGUUACAAGCAUGGAAUACGGGAGAAGCGAUAGCAAAUUUCCCACCAUUAAAUCCUAAAAUAGACGUCCCUCCAGAGCCAGUUUCAACUACUGAUCCUUUGGAAAGAGGUAGAUGGAUUAGAAAAGUAAAAAUUGCACAGAAUAUAAAAACUGGUAUGCAUUCUCAAAGAUGUUUUCAGAACUUUCAGCUUGAGAUUGCCCAAGCACUGAAGGACAAAGAAUUCUAUUUCCCACACAACGUUGACUUUAGAGGUCGAGCAUACCCCCUUCCACCGUAUCUCAAUCAUAUUGGUGCAGACCACUGCCGUGGUCUUUUAAUAUUCGGAAGAGGAAAAGAACUUGGUGAAAGUGGACUAAAAUGGCUUAAAAUCCAUAUCUCCAAUGUUUAUGGCUAUGAUAAGGCAAGCCUUCAGGACCGGGAAAGCUUCACUUCAUCAAAGCUUGAGGAAAUUUAUGACUCUGCCUUGAAUCCUAUGAAUGGAAAGAAGUGGUGGCUAGAAGCUGAAGACCCGUGGCAAUGUCUAGCCGCUUGCAUAGAACUUAAGAAUGCUCUAGAAAGUCCUGAUCCAACCAAAUUUGUGUCGCAUCUCCCAGUACAUCAAGAUGGUACUUGUAAUGGGCUACAGCAUUAUGCGGCACUAGGUGGCGACACUUGGGGCGCCAAACAAGUGAACCUGGAGCCUGGAGAAAAGCCCGCAGAUGUCUACUCAGCUGUAGCUGAUCUCGUGCGGAUUGAUAUUGCCAAAGACAAAGAGGCUGGUAAUCCACUAGCGGCCGCUUUGGAAGGAAAGAUUACACGAAAAACUGUCAAACAAACAGUAAUGACUAAUGUGUAUGGGGUAACCUUCAUAGGAGCUUCUGCGCAGGUUCGAAAGCAACUGGCCGCAUCCCAGACAACACCCUCCAUUGAUCAGCCAGAAUCAGAAUCACAGAAUCGCCACAAUGAUGCGGCAUAUGUCGCUCGAAAGAUAUUCACUGCACUUUCCACUAUGUUCCGUGGAGCACAUGAUAUCCAGUACUGGCUCGCUGAAUGUGCCACUCGAAUCACCACAUCGCUGAACGCACAACAAAUAUCUAGAUUGGAAGCAGAAUGGGAUAAUCUCUAUAAAUCUCAUUUCGAGAGCCUAGAAAACGAAUCAAACGGAAAGAAAUCAAGCCGGCCCUCGAAGAUUGACGACAUGCUGAUGUUUAAGAGUGGUGUAAUAUGGACAAGUCCUCUUGGCUUACCAGUUGUCCAGCCGUACCGUACUUUGAAGGGCAAGGUUGUCAGGACUAAUAUGCAAAAUAUAAACCUUUGCGAGCCUAGUAAAAAUAGUCCCGUAAGCAAAAGGAAGCAAUUACAAGGCUUUCCGCCUAACUUUAUUCAUUCUCUGGAUGCCUCGCACAUGAUCCUGUCGGCAAUAGGGUGCGAUAAACUUGGUCUUUCAUUUGCGGCCGUUCACGACUCGUUUUGGACACACGCCUGUGAUAUUGACGUAAUGAAUAAUGUCCUACGCGAAAGCUUUAUUGAAAUUCACAGCGAGGAUAUCAUUGGUCGCCUUAGUUCUGAGUUUAAAGCAAGAUACCAUGACUCUAUGUAUCUUGCGCAGAUCAAAGCUGGCACCCCAGUACACAGGAAAAUUGUCGCCUGGCGUUCGAGUCAGCGAGUUCUUUCCAAUAUUAAAUCAUCAAAAGCAAGCGGUAAAUCAUUUAUUCGUGCGAACGAACUUAUACUGGAGUUCAAGAGAAUUAAGCUUCUAGCGUCGUCUAACCCCAAAGAUGUCGAAGAAGGUAAUUUAAUGGAAACACCCGGCAGUAUUUAUCAAUUAUACUGCCAUGAAAAAGAUGAAACCGAAUGCAGUAAUUCUAAAGACGUAGAGACUGAGCUUGAGCAAACUGAUCAGGACAAACAGUGUGAUCCAAUGACAUACCAAUCGAGUGAAGAGACGGCUGACACUUUGGGCGAAGCUGAUGAAAAUAGCGAUGAUUGUGGACAUGAUGGAGUUGAUGCCGAAUCUGAUGACUAUGCCGAUGUCUUAGCCGAAGUUGAAGCAGAACUUAUGGCCGAUUCCAGCGAAUUCGAUGCUGAAUUUACAAAAUUUGAAAAAUCUUUGAAUAAAUCGACAAUCAAAGCUGCGAAAAAGAUACGCCGUGUUGAUCACAUAUGGCUCCCUUUGACUAUCCCCAAAAUUCCGGAAAAGGGUGAUUUCGAUGUAACACGACUAAGAGAAAGUAAAUAUUUCUUCUCCUGA